AUGCCAACUCACAACCGCCUCCAACGUGUCCCCGGUGUCAACGGACAUCCCGGGCACGAAUUGGACUUGGUGGACACCUCCGAAUCACCUGCGCCACUCAGACCGCACCAACCGUCGUCCCUCCACCCAACUCCUCCUCGUCCUCCACGCCGCCAACUAACUCUGACCGCUCUCCUGAACCACCACUUCCAUCCUCCUCCUACUCCUCCUCCUCCUCCUCCUCCUCGUCUUCCUUUGUGGCAUCUGCCAUGCUCAUCAACACUACACACAAUCCUGACACACCAACAAACACCAACACCACCACCGUCGACACCAGUGGUGAGAAACUGGCCUAUACCUGUACUCAUUUCGACCGCACCUUCACCUCACACAUCGGCCUGGUCGGUGACGUCCGAAUCCAUCGCACAGAGACCGGUGAGCCAGUGCCUGGAGCACCAACCUACACUCACCGCAUCCACCUCCCCUGUCCAUAA